ACAGUAAUAUCUGCAUUGCACAUGUUCUUGGUUAGCUUUCAUCAUCACUUCUCAAGAGUGUAUUGCAAUUGCUUUUAAAUAUAUUUCAACAUAUUUCAAUAAUUGUUAUCAAGCAGUGCUCACUGGUGUUGCUAUAAAUUGUAAAAGCACGAAUAGUGGGGCAGUAUUAAAUAAACAAAGUUGAAAAUAUAUAAACAAAAUGCCUGAGCAACAACAAAUUGAAGUGAAUGCUUCUGGAACAGAGGCCGCUGGUCCACCAAAAACGGCCAAGCAGUUAGAAAAAGAAGCGAAAAAAGCAGAAAAAUUGGCCAAGUUGCAAGCGAAAUUAGAUAAAAAAGCAACUACAGCUCCAACUACAAAUGAAAAGAAGGAAAAAACUGAGAAAAAAGUCAAAGAAGUAAAAGAGGCUGCAGUAUACACUGCAAUUACAGCACCAGGUGAAAUGAAAGAUAUUAGUGGCGCUCUACCCGAUUCAUAUAGUCCACGUUAUGUUGAAGCGCAAUGGUAUAGUUGGUGGGAAAAGCAGGGAUUCUUUAAACCUGAAUAUGGUUUGAAGAGUAUAACUGAACCGAAUCCGAAUGGUAAAUUUGUUAUGGUGAUACCGCCACCGAAUGUAACUGGUUCAUUGCAUUUGGGUCAUGCUCUGACGAAUGCUAUCGAAGAUGCAAUAACAAGAUAUAAUCGUAUGAAAGGACGGACAACACUUUGGGUGCCCGGUUGCGAUCAUGCAGGUAUUGCCACACAAGUUGUGGUGGAGAAAAAACUAUGGCGUGAAGAGAAUCUAUCUCGCCAUGAUUUGGGCCGUGAGAAAUUUAUUGAAAAAAUCUGGGAUUGGAGACGUGAGAAAGGUGUGCGCAUUUAUGAUCAACUGAAACGUUUAGGUUGUUCAUAUGACUGGACUCGUGUCGCUUUCACAAUGGAUCCAAAAUUAUGUCGUGCAGUUACAGAAGCGUUCGUGCGUUUACAUGAGGAUGGCAGCAUAUAUAGAAGUUCACGUUUGGUAAAUUGGUCUUGUGCUUUACGUUCUGCAAUUUCUGAUAUUGAAGUAGACAAAAUUGAUAUACCAGGCAGAACGUUCUUUUCCAUACCUGGCUAUGAUGAAAAGGUGGAAUUUGGUGUUUUAAUUAAAUUCGCUUACAAAGUUGAAGAUUCAGAUGAAGAAAUAGUUGUGGCUACUACACGUAUUGAAACAAUGUUAGGUGAUACAGCAGUGGCUGUGCAUCCACAAGAUGAACGCUAUAAACAUUUGCAUGGUAAAUUUGUUAAGCAUCCAUUUUGUACUAGAAGGCUACCGAUUGUCUGUGAUGAGUUUGUGGAUAUAGCUUUUGGCACUGGUGCAGUGAAAAUAACACCUGCUCAUGAUCCUAAUGAUUAUGAUGUGGGAAAACGUUGCAAUUUACCAUUUAUUACAAUUUUUAAUGAUGAUGGCAUUAUUAUUGGUGACUGUGGAGAAUUUACUGGUAUGAAACGCUUCGAGUGCCGUAAAAAGAUUUUAGAAAAACUAAAAGAAAUUGGACUUUAUCGUGAGACUGUAAAUAAUCCAAUGGUGGUACCGUUCUGUAGUCGUUCAAAGGAUGUUGUGGAACCCAUGAUUAAACCGCAAUGGUAUGUUAAAUGUAAUGAAAUGGCUGCUAAAGCAGCUCAGGCUGUACGUGAUGGAGAAUUGAAAAUUUUGCCAGAACAUCACACAAAGAUUUGGUAUCAUUGGAUGGAUGGCAUACGUGAUUGGUGUGUGUCUCGACAAUUAUGGUGGGGUCAUCGUAUACCAGCUUAUUAUGUUACAUUCAAUGAUUCAAGUUUAAAGAGUGGCUCCUCGGAUGAUGAGCAAUACUGGAUUGUUGCACGUACAAGAGAGGAAGCAUUAGCAAAAGCAGCACAGAAAUUCAAUGUCGAUGCAACUAAAAUAGAACUUCAUCAAGAUGAGGAUGUACUCGAUACUUGGUUUAGUUCUGGAUUAUUCCCCUUCUCUGUAUUUGGUUGGCCAGACAAUACUGCCGAUAUGCAAGCAUUUUAUCCAACAAGUUUACUAGAGACUGGACAAGAUAUUCUAUUCUUUUGGGUAGCACGUAUGGUGUUCUUCGGUCAGAAAUUACUUGGCAAAUUGCCAUUUAAAGAAGUUUAUUUGCAUCCAAUGGUACGUGAUGCACAUGGUCGAAAAAUGUCUAAAUCAUUAGGCAAUGUGAUAGAUCCCAUGGAUGUAAUAUUGGGUAUUAGUUUGGAAGGUUUACAUGAACAGUUAGUUAAUUCCAAUUUAGAUCCACGUGAAUUGGAGAAAGCUAAAGCAGGACAAAAACAAGACUAUCCAAAUGGCAUACCCGAAUGUGGUUCAGAUGCAAUGCGUUUUGCUUUGUGUGCAUACAUAACACAGGCGCGUGAUAUUAAUUUAGAUAUAAAUCGUGUACAAGGAUAUCGUUUCUUCUGCAAUAAAAUUUGGAAUGCCACCAAAUUUGCGCUGCUCUACUUUACAGGCGAAGAGAGGUAUACAUCUGAAUUGAAAUUAAUUGGUAAUGAAAAUAACAUGGAUGUAUGGAUUUUGUCACGUUUGGCCGCAACCAUAGAGGCUUGUAAUGCUGGCUUUGAGCAAUAUGAAUUCGCGGCAAUAACCACUGCUUGCUAUAGCUUUUGGCUAUAUGAUUUAUGUGACGUUUACUUAGAGUGUCUAAAGCCUAUAUUCCAGAGUGGCACUGAGUCACAAAUAGCGGCUGCACGCAAAACGCUUUUUACUUGUUUGGACUUGGGUCUACGUAUAUUGUCACCUUUUAUGCCUUUCAUAACAGAAGAACUGUUCCAGCGUUUGCCACGUGCUGAUACUACACCCAGUAUUUGUGUGACAGCGUAUCCAGAUAACACCAAUUGGCGUAAUGAGCAAGUGGAGAAGGAGGUGGAGUUCAUGCAAAAAGCUGCUCGCAUCAUACGUUCUGCACGUUCUGAUUAUAAUUUGCCGAAUAAAACGAAAACUGAAGCUUACGUUGUGUGUACGGAUACACAAUCUAAUGAAAUACUCAAAAAAUAUGCUAAUGAUUUGGCUACGAUUUCGUAUUGUGCGAAAAUUGAAUUAGAUAGCACACCUCCAGUUGGCUGUGCUAUACUGACUGUCAGUGGACAGUGUGAAGUGCAUUUAUUGUUAAAGGGUCUAAUCGAGCCUGCAAAAGAGAUUUGUAAACUGCAUAAGAAAAUGGAGCAAUUAAUACAGACUGUGACUAAAUUAAAGCAAGCUAUGCAGGCGGUGGAUUAUAACACUAAAGUUCCGGCAGAAGUGCAGACAGCAAACACGGAAAAGUUGCAACAAUCCGAAAACGAAUUAGAACGCAUUAUUGGUGCUAUCGAAACCUUGAAAUUAAUGUAAUUUAUUUCUGUUAGGUUUCGUACUUUUUUGUUUUUUUAUAUUUAUUACUUUU